AUGUCUCGCCAGGUCUCAUCGUCAACUUUUCUUGGCCUCGAGAGCUGCCAUGUGUUUGUUACUGGAGCGGCCGGAGGGGUCGGCGGAGCUGUCGUCAAAGAAUUUCUGGCCAACGGGUGCCGUGUCACUUCUUUCGAUAGGAACCCAAUGGACAUCGAGAGCCUGUCAAUCUCAGAGGAGCAGAAGACGAGACUGCAUCAUAUUUCGGGCGAUUUGAGAACCGAAGCAUCCAUUGCGCAGGCCUUUCAAGAAUCUAGCAAAAGAUUUGGCCCUGUUCAAAUUCUCAUCGCCAAUGCUGGCAUCACAGACGAGAGCAGUCAUCCAUCGAUCUGGGAUAUUGACACCGAGAGAUGGGAUGCAGUCUACUCCGUCAACGUCCGAGGAACCUUUCUCACCAUCAAGCACUUCCUUCGCUCCGUGAAGCAAGCGCAAGAAGAAUCUGGCAAGGAGCUAGACAACGUCGCCAUUGUAGUCACCGGCUCCGAAACAGGCGUCUUUGGCCAGGCUGGUCACGCUGAAUAUGCAUCAGGCAAAGCAGGUCUUCAAUAUGGACUUGUCAAAACCGUCAAGAACGAGAUUGUUAAGCUCAAUUCUAAAGGACGUAUCAAUGCUGUUGCGCCUGGGUGGAUCAACACCCCAUUGAUUGGAGACCGGCUAGAUGACCCCAAGGAGAGAUGGGCUGAGGCAGAAGCGACUGUUGCUCUCCGCAAGAUUGCUGAGCCCAGUGAUGCAGCUCGUUGCAUGGCGUUUUUGGCGUCUCAUAGAGCUGCGGGCCAUAUCACGGGACAGUGUAUAUCUUUAGAUGGAGGACAGGAGGGGCGCUUGCUAUGGAGAGAGACGCAAGAUGAGCUUCAGACUAAAGCCGCCAACGACUCUUUGACUCAUAGAGUGACCUUACCAACCCCUUCAAGUCCUCCUCAGAAACGUCGAAGGUUGAGAAUUUGUCUCUCUGUUGACUUUGACGCGGUCUCAGGGCUGAUCGGAACGGGCCAUGUUCCAGAGAACAAACUAGCCGACUACUCAGCUGCCCACUUUGGCGGCAACGUUGGUGUCGAUAGACUAUUGAGGGUAUUCGACAAACAUGGCAUAUCGCAGCAAGUUUCAUGGUUCAUUCCAGGCCACUCGAUGGAAAGCUACCCCAAACAGACCCAGGCUAUUAUUGCAAGCGGCGCUGAGAUUGGCCUCCAUGGCUAUAGUCACGAGGGCGCAUACUCCUUGUCUGAGCAACAAGAACGUGACAUACUGGUGAAGUGCAUCGAACUAGCCACUUCGCUCUGCCAGGGCAAGAAGCCUGUUGGAUACCGAGCUCCCUUGUAUGAGAUCAGGGAGUCAACAGUCCGUCUGUUGGAGGAACACGGGUUCCUCUACGACGCUAGUCUCAAUUCCCACGACAGUCUGCCUUACUUCCUCCCCAGGACAUUCGCAGAAGGCAAGCCGGCAAUUCCAGACUACAGUCAACCUGCUAGUACAUGGAUGAGGCCAAUAGCUUUGACGGAGCAACCCGAGCCUGGAUCGCAGGAGGCAGAAACGUCCCUUGUAGAAAUUCCCGGUAGUUGGUACACUGAAGACGCUACCCCUCUAUGCUACUACCCCCACUCAGCAACGACCCAAGGCUACGUGAGUACCGAUGUCAUUGAGAAAAUGUGGUUGGAUCGGUUCGAAUGGCUAUGGGAGAAUGAGAGCUUUGUGGAUGAAGGACCUGGUGCUGGAUACGGAUCUAUCUUCCCGCUUAUUCUGCAUCCUGAGUGCGCUGGUAGAUCUCAUGUUAUUGGCAUGAUUGAUAAGUUUGUCGCCAAACUCAAGGCAAAGGCGGCUAGCGCUGCCGAAGGGGAGAUUACUUUUGAGUGUAUGGCGGACAUAGCGAAGGCUUGGAAGGCAAGGAGGGCUAGCUAA